AUGCAUGCAACAUCCAAUCGAUUUAUGACGGCGAUCAAUUCAAAUUUGAAAGUUGUUUUCAACAAAAUCAAUUUAAUUAAUGGAUGCUUAAUCAUGCAACCGAAAAACAAACGAAAAGCACAGGAACAACACACAGAAAGGACUUGGAAGAGUUCCAAGAUUGUUGACAAAGUUUGGAAAAUUACUCGUGAAGAGCAGUGGUGCUUGAAUUGGAUGAAGCGAGCGAAUUGGGAUGAAGCGGUGAUAAGGAGUGCAGACUAA